CUGUUAAUUCUUGUUAAAAGUUCACGUAUACAAACUAUUUACUAGCAUUCUUAGUAGAAUAUUUCAGGUUAAAAAAAUACAGAGAUAAUCUACCAGCAACAGCCAUGCCGCCUGCGUGCCUGUACGGCCUCAUCGGCUAUAUUAUUGCAGAACCGGACAAUCACUUGAGCGUGCCCCUGGAGAGCGUGAACUCGAGCGUGAGUGUGCGUGGGUACGUCGCUCACAUCAAGUCUACGCUCUGCUACCGCAACGACCGCAAAGACCCUCUCCAGGUGUUGUUCAGGACGCCUGUGGACGAGGGCAGCGCUCUGUACCACGUCGAGGCGAAGCUCGAGGAUCGCGUCAUCGUCGCCAAGUGCCUCGAGAAGAAGAAGGCGGAGAAGGUCUACAAAGAUGCCGUCGAGGCUGGCCAGACGGCGCUGCUGGUGCGGGAAGAGUCAGAAGUUGCUGACAUCAUCAACCUGGCUCUAGGCAACCUCCCUCCAGAGAGCUCGUGCGAGGUGACGCUGUCGCUGGUGUGUGAGCUGCGGGUGGCUACGGACGGGGGCGUGGAGUUUCGUCUGCCGUCUGUGCUCAACCCGCGCUACCAACCCGCGUCCAGCGCCGGGCCUGAUGCCAACAUCGAAUUAGACGUUAGCGCCGUGGCGCAGGCCCAGAAGCCGUACUCCAUGGAGGUGUCGGCGACGGUGAGCGGCGCCCUGGACAUCGCUCGCGUCCUCUCCCACUCCGACCCUAUCAGCGUCACCAUCGACGACGAUAACAAGACCGCAUCAAUCAAGCAAGAUGGCGGCUACAAGAGUGACCACGAGUGGGGUUUCGUGGUGCACUACAACAACCCAUACCAGCCGCAGGCCAUCAUCGAGACCGGGGACGUGACGGCCACGGGCAUCAUGAAGGACCAGGUGCUCAUGAUCAACAUGUUCCCGCAGCUCCCCGAGGCUUCAUAUUCCCGCUUCAAUGAGGUCAUCUUCGUCGUCGACCGCUCAGGGAGCAUGCAAGGCUCUAACAUCCAGAGCGCCCGCGCUGUGCUGCUGCUCUUCCUUAAGAGUCUGCCGCCAGGCUGCCGCUUUAACGUCGUCUCCUUCGGGUCAACGCACUCCUUCCUCUUCAAAGAAGGCAGCCGUACGUACUCGGAGGCGACUCUGGCGGAGGCGUGUACGCUGCACGCCUCCAUGGAGGCCGACAUGGGCGGCACGGAGGUGCUGCAACCUCUGAAGGCGAUCUACAGCCAGCCUGUGGACCCUGAGUUCUCUAGACAGGUACAUUAUCUAGCCAGCCUGUGGACCCUGAGUUCUCUAGACAGCCAGCCUGUGGACCCUGAGUUCUCUAGACAGGUGAUGGGGUUGGUGGCCAGCAUGCUGCAGGCGAGCGUGCGGGGAGUGACCGUCUCCUGCGAGUGCGACGUGCCUACGAGGCUCUCGCUUGUGCCCCCUGAGCCGCCCGUCAUCUUCGGCGGGCAGCACCUCGUCGCCUACGCCAGGAUGCCGCCUGGUGCCCAGCUAAAGAGCAUAACGCUGAAGGGGAAGGUGGACGGUGACGAGUGGCAGUGCAGCGUGACGGAGCGCCAGAUGGUGACGGUGCAUGACGAACGCCUCACGCUUCAUCGUCUCGCCGCCCGCGCCUUCAUCCUGGACCUCUGCCUGAAGGGGGAGGAUGACAAUAGAGAUGAAGUUAUUCGACUGAGCAUUGCUUCUGGUGUUCUAUCCCGCUUCACUGGCCUCGUUGCCGUUGAUCAAGACGUCAAGAAUCGUUCGCAAUUUGGACAUCAUUCAAAAAAUUAUUGUAAUGCUUCUGUUAUUGAAUUGCGCAACACAAAAAAAUUGUUUAGCUUUUCAUCUGCUUCGAAUCCUGGUUCAACUUUAUCCCAGUGUUUUGGAUCAUCGCAAUUCGCUGGAAACCAGUCAGGGACUAUGCAACAAAUUUCUGGGUUCUCGUCGCCUUUUGGAAACCAGUCAGGAAUCCAGCAACCAACUUUUGGUUCCACUACGCUCUCUGGGAUCCAGUCACAAGCUCAACAAACAUCUUUUGGAGCAUCUUCGCUCUUUGGAAACCAGUCAGGUGCCCAACAACCUACUUUUGGGUCCUCGUCGCUCCUUGGAAACCAAUCAGGAAUCCAGCAACCAACUUUUGGUUGUACUUCGCUCUCUGGGAACCAGUCACAAGCUCAACAAACAUCUUUUGGAGCAUCUUCGCUCUUUGGAAACCAGUCAGGUGCCCAACAACCAUUAUUUGGAUCGGUCUUUGGAAACCAGUCAGGAGUCCAACAAAUACCUUUCGGAUCUUCUUCACUCUUUGGAAACCACUUAGGAGUUCAACAGCCAACUUUUGGGUCCACGUCGCCCUCUGGAAACCAGUCAGGAGCCCAACAACCUACUUUUGGGGCUUCGUCGCUCUUUGGAAACCAAUCAGGAACUCAGCAUCAAAAUUUUAGAUCGUCUUCGCUCUUUGGAAACCAGUCAGGUGCCCAACAACCAACUUUUGGAUCCUCGUCGACCAUUGAAAACCAGUCAGGAGACAAACAAAUAACUUUUGGAUCUUCUUCACUUUUUGGAAACCAUUCAGGAGCUCAACAACCAACUAUUGGAUCCUCGUCGACCAUUGAAAACCAGUCAGGAGACCAACAAAUAACUUUCGGAUCUUCUUCACUCUUUGGAAACCAGUCAGGAGCCCAACAACCUACUUUUGGGUCCUCGUCGCUCUUUGGAAACCAAUCAGGAACUCAGCAUCCAACUUUUGGAUCUUCGUCACUUUUUAAGAACCAGUCAGGAGUCCAGCAACGUACUUUUGGAUUCUCGUUGCCCUUUGAAAACCAGUCAAGAGCCCAACAACCUACUUUGGGAUCUUCGCCGCAAAGCUUCGUCGAGUGUUCGAAGUUUAGAUUCGGAGUUCCGCAAAGUUUGCAAGGAAUCCCCAAUGAAUCACUUGGCCAGCUUUCACCGACCUCGCGUGCUACUCAAGCUUUUGGAACUUGCGCUCCUUCCACCCAAAGAAGCAGUGAUGAACAAACUCCUGUCAAAAUAUCAACGCCCUUCCCUUCUACGACCAAUGAGAUGCCUGAGGCGGGAACAUUUUCUCAAUAUAAAUCCAUGUCACUGAAGCCUAAUGCAGUAUCAACCUCUGCUGGCAGCCAACUGGACGAAAAUUUCGUACUUGGAAUAGUUCAGUGUCAAAAAUUCGACGGCUCCUGGUCAUUGCAAGACAUUUUGGGGCUCGUGGCAGUAAAAGAAAGUGAAGCUGAACGCUUGCUCAAUCAGAAAACGGACCCUACAGUGUUGGGAACGUCCCUUGCUAUUGCUCUUCUGCUGCAAUAUUUCAGCAACAGAGCCGACGAGUUGAAUCUCAUUAUAAAGAAAGGAAAAAACUUCUUGAAGAGCAAAAUGGACGAUGAUGCAGUAGAGGCCAGCCUGGAAGAGGCCAAGACUCUGCUGGAAACGUUCGAAUUCAGAACAUAAGGCAGAUGCCUUCCAUAUCUAUUAGGGUGGAGCGUACACCCCCCCAAUAUACGCUAUAUAAAAUAGCGUAAAAUAUAAAAGAAGUAUGGAAAAUAACACAUAAAUUAAAAUUUUCCUGCAAAUGCAUCUAGCAUUUCUAGAGGUCAUAAUGGGCAAAAUAAUCAUAAUAACAUUUUUAUUAUAUAUAUUUAACUUUCAUAGCUCUGUACUGUCGUUAUUAUUGGAGGGCCGUAAGAAAAUUAGAAAAAAUAUGAGGGUAAAGCAUUAUUUUAAAAUUUUCUAGAGCUCUAUAGUAUCAUCCGUCCGAAGAACUACAUCCCAAUUCCGCCCGAAGUACUACGUCGGUAGGUAUAAUGUCUCCAUAUGAACUUGAAUGUACUGAAUAUUUAUAGUGUCUCCAUAUAAACUUGAAUGUACUGAAUAUUUAUAGUGUCUCCGUAUAAACUUGAAUAGACUGAAUAUUUAGGCGAUGAUUGCACAGAAGGCACCCGCUUGGCUACACAAGUGUUAAAUAGCCAAUAAUUAACAUUUUUCAGAAAAUUUGUCAUUUCUAGAGUGACUCUUUGGCCGUUAAGGUGAUAGAUAAUAUUGAGCUCCAUAAAUCAAAACGUGUAUCCUAGAUGUUUUAAUCAUGGUUUCUACCGAUUGCAACCCUUAAGUAACAAAAUUUUAUGCCUAGUAAAAUUUUCAUAUACCAUAUAUGCUUUACUCUCAUAUUGAUAAAAUUUUUCCGAUGACCUUCAAAUAGUCAAGAGAUAUUUGAAAAUUAGAACAUUCGUUCUAAUUAAUACGUUUUCAGGAUGAUUUAUGCCCGUUGUGACCUCAAAAAAUUGUAUAUGUAUUUAUGGGAAAUUUUUAAUAUGAUAUUUUUCA